AUGCCUGCGGACAUUAGCUUUUCAGUACCGGCAAAAUCGCCGGGAUAUUCGCCAGAAAUUGACACUGUCGAGUUGAGAGAGACUAAGGAUACUUUAAAGGCUGUGCCAAACGAAGAGCUCAGCACCGAUAUCAGUGUCGACCCAGUCUCAAGCACUGGGAAGCCUAAACUUCCGGAAAUGAAUUUAGAUAAAGGCAUUGUGGGCUGGGACAGUCAAGAGGAUCCAUCUAUGCCUUUAAAUUUCUCGCAGAAUCGAAAAUGGGCUCUCCUUGCCCAAAUUACUGCAAUCACAUUUGUUUCUCCAUUAUCGAGUACGAUUUUCGCCCCCGGUGCUACUUUCAUGGACAAAGACUUCCACAAUUCAAAUUCACUCCUCUCAAGUUUCACCGUCUCUGUUUAUAUUCUUGGAUAUGUCCUUGGACCUUUAUUUAUCGCUCCCGCGAGCGAGUGUUGGGGUCGCAGGCCUGUUCUUUCGGCCACAAACUGGUGGUAUGUCAUUUGGCAGGCCGGCUGCGCAGUUGCGCCAAACAUAGGGUGUCUAAUAGCGUUUCGGUUUCUUGCUGGAUUGGGCGGUGCUGGCUGCAUGACCCUCAACGGUGGAAUUAUUGCUGAUCUGUUCGUUCCCGAAGAGCGAGGAGCCGCCAAUGCCCUCUCUGCAAUUGGCGUCAUUUUUGGCCCCGUUAUUGGCCCUAUUUUUGGCGCUUUCAUCGGGCAAAGAGCAGGCUGGCGCUGGAUAUUCUGGGUCCUUUGCUGCUUGAGUGGAGUGAUCACCAUCGUGAUUCAGAUAUUCAACAAGGAAAGCUAUGCUCCCGUCAUAAUCGCAAGGAAGACCGCCAAAUUGUCGAAAGAGCUAGGUCUGGAGACGAAACCCGAAAAGUUUCAACGUGAGUUCACGCGUCCUCUUCGAAUGCUGUUCCUCUCACCGGUUAUUGCUCUUUUCUGCACGUAUAUGUCUUUGGUCUAUGGGCUUCUCUACCUACUUCUCACGACUCUACCCAUGGUCUACACGGAAACAUAUCACUGGUCAACAGAGCUCACCGGUCUGGCAUCACUCGGAAUCGGGAUUGGAUUUUUCGUGGGUCUCGUGGUUAUUGGUUUGACAAGUGACAAAAUCAUUGUCAAGCUAACUAAUUGGAACGGUGGUAUCUAUGAACCAGAGAUGCGACUUCCAUACAUGACUCUCUUCGCAAUUCUCAUUCCAAUUUCUUUUUUUUGGUAUGGUUGGGCUGCCGAUAAAGCGGUCCACUGGAUUGUACCAAUCAUUGCUCUUUCUCCUUUUGGAUUCGGUAUGCUGGGCAUCUUCUUCCCAAUUCAGAUGUACCUCAUUGAUGCCUUUCCCGUUCACUCGGCCUCGGCAAUGGCAGCUUUGACGGUCUCACGAUCCCUUGUUGGUGCAUUAUUGCCGAUGGCUGGACCGCAAUUAUACAGCUCACUUGGACUUGGGUGGGGCAAUUCCUUGUUGGGGUUUGUCGCUUUGUUGAUGGUUCCAAUGCCCUACUAUCUCUGGAAAUAUGGUGGUACUAUUAGAAAGAGACACGUGAUCCAACUGUGA